AUGGCAUCUAGAAAGGGACCAUGCAGGCUACCCUACAACCCUGCAAAGACAAUUUCCUCUACACAACAUUUUCAAAGUGAAAAGGCCGAUGAUGAUGGUUCUGCAGAUCCCAUGGAAUACUAUUUCACGGUUGGGCUGGGAACACCUAAAGCUUACUACAAUUUGUUCGUGGACACCGGCACCGACAACACUUGGGGGUGUGAUACACUUACAAUUCAGAAACAACAUUCCUAUGUUGCCAAGAAUUUCCAGUUCGGUUGUGCCCAAGAAAUCAACGACACAGUUGGUGAUAAUUUUGGAGAUGAUGAUGGGAUCCUUGGCCUGGGACAAGGGGAUCUAUCUCUUCCUUCUCAAGCAGGUUUCCGAAUCUUCGGCUAUUGUAUCCCAAAGACAAAUAGCCGACUUGGGUAUUUUGUGUUUGGGAGUGAAGCAGCCAAAAUGUCUUCAUCCUCCCAUCCAAAAUUCACAAGAUUGCUCAACAAUGCUGGGGAAAUAAUAUAUUCUGUAGUGCUUAAGGGGAUCAGUGUUGCCGGGAAGAAGUUGGAUAUUGAUGCUUCAGAUUUGAGCAAUCAAUCAGGUGCCAUUAUAGACAGUGGAACUACCUAUACUCAAUUACCCAUCAAUGCUUUUUCUGCAUUACUCACAGCUUUCAACCAAACAUUGGCAUCCAUCUAUCCAGCUGCAUCAUCUCAAUUGAAGUUGGACACAAUAUGCUAUAAUGUGGAUGGGAUUGAUACCACCACCUUUCACGUCCCACCCAUAACAUUUCAUUUUACAGGGAUGUCAGAAGGGGAAAGGGAGAGAAUUGGUUUUGGAACCAAAAACUGCGCUGAAUGA